AGCAGAAGCAGUGCGCGAAGCGUGUGUUUGUUCAGGAUGGCAGGACCAGCAUCAGUCGCUGGUGAUGUUUUUGUUGAUGCCCUGCCUUAUUUCGACCAGGGUUAUGAUGCCACAGGGGUCAGAGAAGCCGCCGCUGCUUUGGUGGAGGAAGAGACGAGACGAUACAGACCAACUAAAAACUACUUGAGUUACUUGCCCACACCAGAUUUCUCUGCUUUUGAGACAGAAAUCAUGAGGAAUGAGUUUGAGAGACUGGCUGCCCGUCAACCCAUGGAGCUGCUCAGUAUGAAGAGAUAUGAGCUUCCCGCUCCAUCGUCCGGACAGAAGAACGACAUGACAGCGUGGCAGGACUGUGUGAAUAACUCUAUGGCGCAGCUGGAGCAUCAGGCGGUGCGCAUUGAGAACCUGGAGCUCAUGGCUCAGUAUGGAACCAAUGCAUGGAAGAUGUCUAAUGAUAACUUGGCCUUGAUGAUUGAAAAUUCACAAAAAGAGCUGCAGAAUGUAAGAAAGGAAAUACAAGACCUGAACUGGCAGCGCAAAAACGAUCAGCUGGCUGGAGGAGCCAAACUGAGAGAACUUGAGUCCAACUGGGUGUCUCUCGUCAGUAAGAACUAUGAGAUCGAGCGCGCCAUCGUGCAGCUGGAGAAUGAAGUGGCGCAGAUGAAGCAGCAGCAGGGCGACGAGAACAAGGAGAACAUUAGACAGGACUUUUGAACACCAUGCACAGACUUUGCAAAAGUAAAUGUUCCGCAACGUCUGAUAUUCAGCUUUUUUAUUUUAAAUAGCUUAGUUUUUUUUCCUGUCAAACAAAUAAAUAAUAUAGGAAAAUAGCCUUUAAAACACAAGUGAGCUAUAGUGUUGUAGUGCAUACAGAAAAUAUGCUUUCCCAAAAUCAUGAACUGCACACUGUCUCUGGAAUUCCACAACUCACAUUUGUGUUUGCUUAAAGGUGUUUUCCAAAGCUUUAGGGGCUGUCGUUUUUUUUUCAUUUUAUAAUAAUUUUGUGUCUUAUGAUAGACGAUAAGUUCAUUUUCCUGUUUAACUCUAUUUGUAAUGUUUUUAAGAAAUACACAAUAAAAUGAUGAAAUAA